ACACUGGACACACACACACACACACACUGGACACACACACACACACAGAGUUCCUUAAAGACUGUACAGAGAGGAUUAUUAUCCUGAAGGUGGUUCACAGACGCAUCAUCAACAGGUUCCAUUCCUUCCUGCUGUACCUAGGUCAGCCAUCCUACUCUGUUCGGGACACUAAGGUGACCCACUUCUGUAAGAUUAUCAGUGAGUUUUCUCUGGAGUACCGGACCACCAGGGAGAGGGUCCUGACCCAGAAACACAAGCGGGCUACCCACAGAGAACGCACCAAGACCAGGGGAAAGAUGAUCACUGAGACGGAGAAGUUCUCGGGGGUGGUGUCUCCCCAGUCCCAGGACAGCCCCUCCCUUGGCUCCAGACCUACAGAGCCAGAGCCGGAUCCAGCCCAGGAGGAGCAUGACAACAUGAAGAACAUGCUCAACACCUCCAGCGGUACCGACCACCAGGGGAACCUGCGCCGCAACCGGGGCUACCGCAGUCUAGGCCCAGUUAGUCCAUCCCAGAUGUCUGUAGCCAAAGAGGACAGUGCUAGCUCCCAGGAUGAUGCUACGGAUGAGAUCAUGGAUCGGCUAGUCAAGUCUGUUACCAGGAGCCCCUCAGAGAGGCCGUCCAGCCCCAAGACACGCAAACGCUCCCGUCUCAACAGGAAGUCGUUGAGGAGGACACUGAAGAGCGGACUAAGUGUUGACGUUGUUCAGGCUCUGGGACUCAGCAACAAGACUGGAGACAAGCUCUGAACACACAGAGAGACCUACACAGACUGGAGACCAGCUCUGAACACACAGAGACCUACACAGACUGGAGACCAGCUCUGAACACACAGAGACCUACACAGACUGGAGACAAGCUCUGAACACACAGAGACCUACACAGACUGGAGACAAGCUCUGAACACACAGAGAGACCUACACAGACUGGAGACAAGCUCUGAACACACACAGAGACCUACACAGACUGGAGACAAGCUCUCAACACACACAGAGACCUACACAGACUGGAGACCAGCUCUGAACACACAGAGAGACCUACACAGACUGGAGACAAGCUCUGAACACACAGAGAGACCUACACAGACUGGAGACAAGCUCUGAACACACAGAGAGACCUACACAGACUGGAGACCAGCUCUGAACACACAGAGAGACCUACACAGACUGGAGACAAGCUCUGAACACACAGAGAGACCUACACAGACAGACUGAGACACAGUACUAACACACACACACACACACAGAACUACCAGACACACCGGCCAUGAAGAGGAAGGAUGAAGCUCGUACCACACACAGCACUACCAGACACACCGGCCAUGAAGAGGAAGGAUGAAGCUCGUACCACACACAGCACUACCAGACACACCGGCCAUGAAGAGGAAGGAUUAAGCUCGUACCACACACAGCACUACCAGACACACCGGCCAUGAAGAGGAAGGAUGAAGCUCGUACCACACACAGCACUACCAGACACACCGGCCAUGAAGAGGAAGGAUGAAGCUCGUACCAAGGGCCUGGAUCUUAGAAAGUCCUGAUUUGACAGAAAGAAGAGACAGUACAUGUAGGAAGGACAUGCUGGUGCUCACUACAGUAGCCCCGCCCCCGCCCCUCCCACAAUGCUUUGGGCUUGUUCCUGUCUCACUACA